AUGGCACUUGAAGCAUUGAAUUCUCCUACUACUCCGACUCCGGCGUUUCAGUUCGAUAACACCACCCUCCGCUAUCUCGAGCCGUGGACAAAAGGGAAGAGAUCAAAGCGCCCACGCAGCGUCGAACGCCAUGAGCAACCUACUGAAGAAGAAUACUUGGCUCUCUGCCUUAUUAUGCUUGCUCGCAGUGGCGGCGACGGCUACGGUUCAACAUCAAAACCCACCAAUACAAAUACUGCCGCUGUUGCGCAGAAAACCCAGUUGGCGCAAAAGAAAACUCGUCUUCCACCACCGCCACCAAUGAUGACGGCUGAUGGUACGAAGUUGUUGUAUAAGUGUUCAGUUUGUAACAGAGCUUUUGGGUCUUACCAAGCUUUGGGAGGGCACAAGGCCAGCCACCGGAAACUGAGUGGAGGAGAUGAACACUCCACCAAUACCACCUCCUCCGCCGCCACCAUCACUGCUUCAGCCACCACCACGAAUGCAAGCAACCAUAGUGGGAGGGUCCAUGAGUGCUCCAUCUGUCACAAGUGCUUCCCCACCGGCCAAGCCUUGGGGGGUCACAAAAGGUGCCACUAUGAAGGUGGGGCACCCAGUAACAACGGAGGAGCCCCCAGCAGUAGUGCAGUGAUGUCGUCGGAAGGAGUAGUAUCCACUGUUACUCAUCGGGACUUCGACCUGAACAAACCCGCUUUGCCGGAGUUGUGGCCGGGAUUUGGCUCCGGUGAAGAUGAAGUUGAAAGUCCCCAUCCUGCUAAAAAAUCCCGUCUUUCUUUGCCGGCAAAGUUAGAAAUCAUUUGA